GGAUUUCUCUUUUGGAUGAAUGUUUGACCUCUGGUUCCUAUGUCUCAAUAUUUACAUUCACAAACAAGUUGUGACUUAUAUGAAGCACAGAUCAAUGGUGGCUGAAUAUUAACCGCUGCCUGAGACACUGCCAACACUGGACACAGGAAUUUUAUUCCGGCGUGCACUAGCAGUUCUCCCUCUCCAUUCCAGGCUGAGUUUCACUGUCUCCCAGCAAGGGAUUGGCCAGGCUGACAAAAGGGACAUGGACCUCCGUCUGCUAGCACUCCUGUUACUCUGCCUCUGCAGACAAGGACUGACAGACCCGACCGCAGAGGAUCCCAGCACCCCCGGCCACGGGCCGGCACUCAACGCCUCCUCCCCAAAUGGAGAAGACUCUUUAGAAAAGGUGGAGGAGGAGGUGAAGGAUGGGGAAGGGGAGAAAGAGAGCUGCACAGCUGAAGAGCUCAGUCCAGAAGCCAAGAGAGAAGUGGGUGCGGCUAUCUUGAAGCUGGGUCUGCAGCUUCUGGAGAAUCUGAAGACAGGGCCGGAGCAGCCCAACGUGAUCAUAUCUCCCCUCAGUGUCUCACUGGCGCUGUCCCAGCUGGCCCUAGGAGCGGCGAACGAGACAGAGAAGUUGCUCCUGCAGACCCUGAAGGCAGAUGACCUGCCCUGUUACCACCAGUCCCUGCGCAGUCUCCUGCAGCACCUGAGAAACAGCACUGUAAAGAUCGCCACACGCAUUUACCUGGAGGCAGGAUUUAAGGUGAAGCCAGAAUUUAUACAGCAGUCCCUACGCACGUAUGACUCAGAACCCGCACUGCUAGCAGGGCGAGAGGAAAUCAACCAAUGGGUACAGAAAGCCACAGAUGGCCACAUGACUGACUUCCUGUUAACUCUUCCUCCAAAUUUGGUCCUUAUGCUUAUCAACGCGGUACACUUCAAAGGAGAAUGGGUGGCCCGCUUUGAUCCCGCCUUGACCGCCAAAGACCGGUUCUACAUCGACAGCAAGAAUAUCGUUGAUGUUGACAUGAUGGUGGGGCACAAAUACCCCUUGAGUCUGCUGAUGGAUGGUGAGCUGGGUGCUCAGGUGGCAAGUUUCCCCUUCAAAGCGAACAUGAGCCUGCUGGUGGUGAUGCCCAUGUCCGGGAAGGUCAACGUCUCUGCCAUCGCCGCCAAACUCAACACCUCGGACCUGUACGCCCGCCUGCCCAGCGAGAAGGCCAUGCAGGUCAAGCUGCCCAAAUUUAAGCUGGAGUACGGGCAGGAGCUUGAGGAUGCACUCACUAGCAUGGGGUUGGGGAGUCUCUUCUCGGCCCCGGAUUUGUCGGGCAUAACUGACAGCCCCCUGGUGGUGUCCAGUGUGCAGCACAAGUCCAGCAUGGAGCUGCACGAGGAGGGGGCGGAGGCUUCAGCUGCCACCGCCGUUUCCACCACCCGCGCCAACCUUUCCUUCAGCGUCAACCAGCCCUUCCUUUUUGCCCUCUUGGACGAUGCCACCCAAACACCCAUCUUCCUCGGGGUCAUCAGAAACCCCGACCCGGGCGCCACUGCCAUGCAGAACGACGAUCCUGAGAGAACAGGCUGCCCUGAUCGCGGGCAUUCUGACAGCUCUGAUGAUCUGACCAAGUAAGAGAGAAGCACAUUGACUGUAAGGAGGGAGUGAGACAAUCAAGCCAGAAUUGCACUGCUGACCAUCAACCAGCAGGGGGAGCACAAGAGGGACAAAUCCAAAUGAAGAUUUUGUACACGUGAGCUGCAUAUCUAUGUAUAAUGGAUUGGAUCUGCUGAGUCUCAACACAUUGAAGGAAUUAAAGAUUACCAAUUGAGUAGCAGGAGAUUAAUCUAAUGGUGGAGUAGUUAUUUUUAUUUAUCUGAGUCUAAUUGGCCAUGUUUCAGCAAAAUAGAUGUCAGCCAACUGAAUUGUGGGGGUGGGAGGGUUACCUGAGUGUUGUGAACUAGACUGGUAUAAACAUGUUGUUUAAAGUACACACACAUACAUUUAAACAUGUAUAAACACAAAUGGAUUGAUGUCCAACAAAACUACAAUAUUUGUUUGGUACUGUUUGCUUUUAUUUCUGAACAUGUUCAGUGUUAUUUUCCAUCAAAGGAUAUUGUUUGUUUUUCAGUAAUGAUACAGAACUGGUGUUCAUUUCCUUCUGAACAUCAUAACCUUCUCCUCUUGACGCAAAUCUCUAAUGUUAUUGAUUAAAGAAAGGUGAAAACUAAAA